UCACCGUGGGGAGGCGGGGCGGGGGCAGCAUGGCAGCCUCCUUACCGCUCUGUGGAGCCGCCUCCGGCCUCCGGUAUUGGAGCCGCCGGCAGCCUCCCGCAGUGGCCAACCUUACAGCAGUGUGUUCUAGGUCAACGGCUUCUAAGACUCCAUUUGGAUUCAUUGGAGUCGGCAACAUGGGGAAUCCAAUGGCAAAAAAUCUCAUGAAACAUGGCUAUCCACUUAUUAUUUAUGAUGUGUUCCCUGAUGCUUGCAAAGAGUUUAUAGAUGCAGGUGAACAGGUAGUGUCUUCCCCAGCAGAUGUAGCUGAAAAAGCUGACAGAAUUAUUACCAUGUUGCCCACCAGCAUCAGUGCUAUAGAAGCUUAUUCUGGAGCAAAUGGAAUUCUAAAAAAAGUGAAGAAAGGCUCACUAUUAAUAGAUUCCAGUACUAUUGAUCCUAUGGUUUCCAAAGAACUGGCCAAAGAAGUUGAAAAAAUGGGAGCAGUUUUCAUGGAUGCCCCUGUUUCUGGUGGUGUGGGAGCCGCUCAGUCGGGGAACCUCACAUUUAUGGUAGGAGGAGUCGAAGAAGAAUUUGCUGCUGCCCAAGAGUUGCUGGGGUGCAUGGGCUCCAAUGUGGUGUAUUGUGGCGCUGUUGGGACAGGGCAGGCUGCGAAGAUCUGCAACAACUUGCUGUUAGCUAUUAGUAUGAUUGGAACUGCUAAAGCUAUGAAUCCGGGAAUCAGGUUAGGGCUUGACCCAAAAUUCUUGGCUAAAAUCCUAAAUAUGAGCUCAGGACGAUGUUGGUCAAGUGACACUUAUAAUCCUGUACCUGGGGUGAUGGAUGGAGUUCCCUCGGCUAAUAACUAUCAGGGCAGAUUCGGAACAACACUCAUGGCAAAGGAUCUGGAAUUAGCACAAGACUCUGCUACCAGCACGAAGAGCCCAAUCCUUCUGGGCAGUCAAGCCCAUCAGAUCUACAGGCUGAUGUGCGCGAAAGGCUACUCAAAAAAAGACUUCUCAUCCGUGUUCCAGUUUCUACGAGAGGAGGAGACGUUCUGAGUUUGCCCUUUGACUGUGGACACUUUUGGAAACCAGACUCUCUUGGAGCCCCUUAUAGCUCACUCCACAAGUAAAUGGGCUUAAUCAGAGGUCACCUGUCUGCUUUUGAUUGUCUGGGUCACAGUAAACCCUGGGAUUUUUCACCCAUUUUUAACUGCUUAUUCUUUUUAUCUAUUUAGCAAACACAUAUUACCUGAAUUUUUUUUUUUCCUUUUCUGCAAGCCACUGAUGGUCUCUGCUAGCUAGCCAACUGACCUUUUUCAAAAGUUUAAUUCCUGAGCAUCUUCAGCUGAAACGUUGCCUGCUUCAAUCAGAAUGUUAUUUACUCCACUUUUCACUUUCACACUUUCACAAAUAAGACCAGUUUUUUUCAACAGGAUAAAACCUAUCCUCAAGAAAGGAAAA